UUGCAGUGGUUGAACAAUAGACUUUACCGCGGGGAUCCCACUGGGAGUAUUGCAGCAAACCUUGUUUGAUAUAUUUUGAUCAUAGUGUUUGAUGAUGUUUGGAACAAAUAUUGUGAUGCACUAAAAAUUAUCAAUGGUACCAUAUGAAAUUCUCAACAAGAAAUUUCGUUCUGGCCAGAAGAACAUUGACAGAGAAGUAUCUCACGUCCAACAAGCUAGCGGUGAAGUAGAAGAAUGUUUACAAGACCAGAAUUCACCUUCCAUCCAGCAGGUGUCCCUAGCUCUGGACAAUAUGGUGGAAAAACUCUGUUUCCUUAAGAGAAAGGCAGAAGAAAGCAUAAAUGAAGAGCUGGAGGCAGCCAAGGUGAUCAAACGUCGAGUGGAGCAUCUAAAGGAGGCGGAGUGUUUACAGCCACACAGUCGGCCUCUAUGGCAGAAGAAAAGACUAGAUAGAAUGCUGGUGGAAUACUUCCUGAGAUCUGGAUACUACAACACAGCCAUCAUGUUGGCACAACAUUCAGAUAUCCAGGAUCUUACGAAUAUUGACUUGUUUCUGACCUCCAGAGAGGUAGAGGAGUCCCUGAUAAGGAGGGAGACCACUCCAUGUCUUGCAUGGUGCUAUGACAACAAAUCCAAAUUACGUAAAAAUAAGAGCACUUUGGAGUUCAAGCUUAGACAACAAGAAUUCAUUGAGUUGGUCAGAGAGGACAAGCGACUAGAAGCUGUCAGACAUGCCAGGCGAUAUUUCGUUAAUCUUGUAGAUGACCAGUUACUUGAUGUUCAGAGAGUUAUGGGACUUUUGGCAUAUCCUGCUAAUACAACCAUUGCACCAUACAGAGAAUUAUAUGAUGAGAGUCGCUGGCAUGAACUUGUGGAGCAGUUUCGUCAGGAAAACUUCAAGCUUCAUCAGUUGAAUCAUUCCUCUGUGUUCACAAUUACUCUCCAGGCGGGACUGUCAGCUCUCAAGACCCCACAUUGUUAUAGAGAAGAAGGGAACAGAAAUGCUGACUGUCCUGUUUGUACUGCUAAUUUAAACAAGCUGGGACGGCGCCUACCGUACGCACAUUGUGCUAAUUCCAAACUGAUAUGUUCUAUAUCGGGUCUCCCACUCAAUGAGAACAACCCACCUAUGGCAUUACCUAACGGACAUGUGUAUGGCUAUAAUUCUCUCUCUGAUUUGGCUCGACUAAAUGAUGGAAGAGUCAUCUGUCCCAGAACCAAAGAGAUAUUCCACAUAGAUGAAGCAGAAAAAGUAUUCGUGAUGUAACUGUUGUCCUCCAAGUCUUUGUUCCGUCAUUAUAAUCCUGUGCCAUUGACUAUAGACACACAAAUACUGACUAUGAUGUGUAUUCCCUGGUGUGUAUGGAGCCAAAUGUCCAUUGCAUUGGUGGAUACAAAGCAAAGAAAUGCGAUUUGUUUUCUAAGAUAUUUUAUGCUGAAAAAUGAUGUAUUGCUCUUCUGAUUAUAUACAUUGUAAUCCGACAUGGGGAAGUCUGACCCUGUCAGUUUGGUAAAUGACUGAGUUUUAUAAAUACAUGCCUAGCUUAUA